AACUAUCAAGGAAAUGAACGGCCAAGAUUACGGUUCUCCAGUUUUUUAUACUAGGGUUUUAUUUUCUCCACUUACCCAAGCCCUCUCUAUAUUUAUCGUCUUUGUAAUCUAAAAACCCUAGUCACCAGCCAGGCACCGCUGCUGCUCUGAUCCAAUGGGGGCAUACAAGUACGUGUCUGAGCUAUGGAGGAAGAAGCAAUCAGAUGUGAUGAGGUUCUUGCAAAGGGUUAGGUGCUGGGAGUACCGCCAGCAUCCUUCUAUUGUUCGUGUCACGCACCCCACUCGCCCUGACAAGGCUCGCCGCUUGGGCUAUAAGGCCAAGCAGGGCUACGUGGUUUAUCGUAUCCGUGUCAGGCGGGGUGGUAGGAAGAGGCCCGUUCCCAAGGGUAUUGUAUAUGGUAAGCCAACAAACCAGGGUGUUACUCAACUGAAGUUUCAACGAAGCAAGAGGUCUGUGGCAGAGGAGCGUGCUGGCCGGAAAUUGGGGGGCCUCAGGGUUCUUAAUUCAUACUGGAUUAACGAGGAUUCUACUUACAAGUACUUUGAGGUAAUCUUGGUUGAUGUUGCCCACAAUGCCAUCCGCAAUGACCCAAGAAUCAACUGGCUCUGCAAUCCUGUACACAAGCACAGGGAGCUUCGUGGCCUUACCUCCGCUGGGAAGAAAUACAGGGGUCUACGUGGCAGGGGACACCUGCACCACAAAGCUCGACCUUCACGCAGGGCAAACUGGAAGAGAAACAACACACUCUCCCUUCGUCGUUACCGUUGAGUUCAGUGAUGUGCGUGGUUUUAUCUUGUCUUGUUGGAUAUUUUUGGAGGACAUUUUUGUCAUUGAGUUCAAAAUUUUGGAAAACUUUGGAACGUGUUUUUCUAUUUGGAGCGUUGCAUCACAAGUUGCAAAUGUCUAACUGGCUUGGAAACUUUUGUUUUGUA